CCACUCUCUCCUGAAAGCUCAGCUGGGAUGUCCUGCCUCUCUCCCUCCUCCUCUCUCUCCCUCCCCGCCUUUACAGCCGUGGACAGCGCUGCAUAUCUGACAUUUCUCUCUCAAACUCCAACCGGCUCUCUUCUCAUCCGCAAGACAAGAGAAGAGAAGAGACGAGAAGAGAAGAGAAAAGAAAAGAAGAGACGAGAAGAGACCUGAUUUGAACUCUCUCAACUCCCGAUCCGUCAAACAUGGAGCGCGUGCAGCACAUGACCAAAUCGGCCAUCCGCCGAGCUUCUCAAAUCGAGGUGAACCCGCAGGCCAAGAGGAACCUGCAGGAGCUCUUCGUCAACUUCACCCUCAUCCUCAUCUGCCUGCUUCUCAUCUACAUCAUCGUCCUGCUGAGCAGCUGAGCAGCUGAGAGCGCCGGACCCAAGCGCAGAGAGUUUGACAUGGCUGGGAUGCAGGCAAGGUUUUCCUGAUACAUGCAGAUCCGAUUUGUCUCAAACGUCCGUCACGUCCUCCACAUGUAUCAGAAUAAAACUAGGUUUGCAAGCAGCUAUGAAAAAGAGUGAUGGUGGUACCAUGACUUCAUGUGAAACAAAAAAGAAAAAAAAUGGACAAACUCUCUGACGGGUGAUGUUUUUUGUUUUGUUUACCUUCUGAGUUGAUCAGGGAUCAGCUGACCGGCCUGGUUUCCUCGACGGAAAGAUCAGCUUUGACCCGAGUUCAUCAUGUAUUCAGACUCAUCAGUUCUUUCUGAUGAAUACAGUGUUAAUAAGCAAUCCUUAACGCAGUGUGAAUGAAAACUUCCCUUGUUUGACCUGCGUUUCCCAUGAGCCCUGUUGCUUCCUGCAGCCACCACAAGAACAGAGAUAAACAUGCUUGAAACUAUGCUUUUUCCAUACGCAUUAAAAGAAACAAAACAGUUGCUUCUCUGACAUCUUUUUCAUUUUUUCUUAAACUUCAACGCUGCUAUGCGAGAGACGAAACUCCCAGUGGCUUGAUCACAGAGAAAUGGUGGAUUAUCAACUUUUAUAUGUUAAAGUUGACUCAAACUUUAUGAAUUGGGGAUUGAGAAACAUCUACUCUCUAAAGGCUUUGAUAAAAGGCUUCAUUUCUGAAUACUUUCACCUAAGUGACAUUUCUGUGACUCUAUGAACAAACUAUUGUCAAGUAAGUUAAAGCAGCACAAAAGAAUUUGUCCCCAUGUUAUAAUGCAAGCUUCAAUUUCAAAUAAAGUAAUGUUUGAUUACUUAAAGGACGCAUUUUUCUCUCAAAGCUGAAGCCAUAGUGGAAAUAGGGAAAGUUGCAGUUCAUCAAAUGACCAUUAGGUGCUAUUUCCAAGAUGAAAAAUGUCAAAAUUCAUGUCAAGUUGUUCAAAUCUACUGCAGAAAAUAAAUACAUAAUCAAAUUGCAGUCCGGUACAAAUAAAAUAGAAUAAACUGAAAAGAGUUUUGGACCGCACGGAGUGAUUUUAAAGCUAUGACAGCUGUAUGGCUAGUGAAUCUUUAUGCUCCUCAUCAGGUGAAGGUUUAUCAAGCCUCAACGUUAUGCAUCUCUGUCAGUGUGUGUUUUUGAGUGACAGCUGCACUGCAGUUUGGGAUGUUGCACUCUUAUUUCCGAGACAAUAUUAUUUUUCUAAUGCAGUUAAUACUAAUAAUAGUUCCUCAAUACCAUCAUUUAGGCUGGCGAAAGAGAGUCUAGGGCCAAAUGUGGUUCCAUGAUUGUCGGCCAACAGCUAAGCACCUUCACCUUCAUCCUUUUCCAGAAGGGUCCCGUGAAAAGGUAGUCAACCUGCAACGAUGCGAGCGGCAGCUGCAGUCACUGUUGCCAGAGAACCUCUGGCAGACCUCGGCCUGCAUUAUAAACGCUUCGUCAGUUCUCUUUUUAGAUGUUGAUGGACAAAGUUUCUACAGCAACUGACAUUACAAAAUGAAUGUACGCCAAUGGACUGGCAACCGGUCCAGAGUUGGCCCCCUGUCUUCCGCGUGAUGGGAGUUGGGAUCCAGCAGAUUCCUGUGACCCUGAAUAACCAGGUAUAGAUGAUGGUCAGAUGGAUGUUCAAUAGCUUCACAGGUUAGCAUUAACUCAGGUAAAGGUGGGCAUGAUCCAGCAAACAUCUACACUUGUUCAGCUCACCUAUUCAUCAUUUUCUGGUUAACAGGCGAUCGGUGGAGUCCACUCCCGCCAAUACACGUCUCCCAUAUCAGAAAACCUGUUGAUGACAUCACAGAAUGGUUCUCUUUAGUUCUGUUGAUACAGUAUACGGCAAAAUCGGACACACAAAAGAUUUGAAUUCCUGGCCUUGUCAUCUUUUGCUACAACAAAGUGUUGCUUUAUGGCACCAUGUCACACAGCAACUAAAAGACUCAAGAAAGUAACGUUGUCAAAGAAGAUGAGCGUGAGUCGUAAAAGCUACCAUACAUCCUAUUUAAGAGGACCGCCUAAAUUACAGUUCCUUUGUGCUGCUUUAAAGAAAGUCAUGACAAGUCUCAAUUCAAAUGAUUUAACUAAUAUAUAGUGUAUAAACUACUUGAUACCUAAAUCCAACUUUGAAGCUUAGCAAGUAUGUGAUGUGUCUCAAUCAGGCGUUAUCAUAUCCUGUGAGGGUUUCAUAUGCUCUAUUGUUUUAUUUUUGGACGCUCACUUUGCAUGGUGUGAAUUCACAAGACAACUUCUGUCUGAGUUACUUCAGUACUGUGUCUCUUUCGUUACUUAUAUAGUUUGUGUAUUACGGCACUAGUACUUUUUCUUUUCAGUAUACAACCAGUGUGGCAAAUAGUCUUUAGUUGAGAGAUAAUCAUUGCCUUGAUGGUACAGUUUUGAAAAGGCUAAAUUAUGAACUCCGGGAGUGUUUUAAUCUUAUUUCUUCAUGUAUGUUUGAAGCUUUGAUUUGCCUACUUUUCAAACUGUCAAACACCCAAUAAACUGCAUGUAAAUACA